AACUUUGUAGAGCGUUUGUCAGUCGAACAAGGAUCGUAAUUAACGUAACAUAUCUGUGGCAAUAACUUUGGGUUAAUUUCUAAAAUGUUUAAAUUAAUCUCUUUGUUAUUUGUUGGAGUUUUAGCACAGAAAGGAUACGCUUUGGGACAGUACGUUCCGUUCUGCGCACCGGGAGACUCCGAAUGCUUCAUCGUCGCAAACAUUCGGCACGCUAUCUCACAAAGCGGAAAUGGAUUACCUCAGCUUGGAAUCAAUUCUAUAGAAACCAUGUCGUUUAAGAAUGUAACUUUGAGUCAAGGGCUCUUUAACUUUGUAUUCCCACGCAUGAAAGUACUGGGCUCUAAAGACUGUAUUCUUGAAGACAUGGAUUUGAGUUUUGCGCAAUCGACAAUGUCAUUAACUUUAGAGUGUCCGAUGAAAAUAACUGGAAAAUACAAGUUUAGCGGAAAUAUAUACUUCUACGAAACCAGCCAAGAAGGAAAUUAUGUUAUCAAGACAGACAACAUGAGAACAACCAUUAACUUCAAAAUCGACACAAUUCGUGGUGCCGACAGCAAGCGUUACUGGAAACUGAAUGUCUUGGAAUACGUGUACGAGCCUCAAGAAGUACUUCGCAUACAACUCGAAAACCUCUUCACUGGCGAAGUUACCAAAGAAACACCAUUCUUUAGCCCGUCAACUGGAGACUGGUGGCCAACAGCUGCCAAGACCGUUGAGCCAUUGGUCAGCGCAACCGUCGGUGGUUUCCACGGAUUCCUCGAUGCAUUCUUCCAACGUGUACCACUUGAACAGCUCUCCUCACAGAUAUUGCCGAGACAGACGUACAAGGCACGUGUACCUUCUUUCUCCAACCUAGAGUGCUUUAGUUUUAAUUCAGUGUCGGAUCUGCUGUAAUUAUCAAUACCAUAAUUAAUUUUACUGUAAUCGAUUUUAUGCCCUUUUGUAAUAAAGGUAUCUAGUUAUUAAUGGAAA